GGACUGAGUCACCGGGUUUAGCAGAAGUCCUAAGCCUUCCAUUUCGUCUGACUCCGUGUUGAACGUUUAGACUGAUUCCAAACGUCAGUUGGUCGGAGCUGUUGGUCAAUGACGCCACGAGCGAUGAGUAGCCAUGAACCGCCGUGAACAGCCGUGAACAGUUAGGAACAGCCGUGAACAGUUAUGAACAGUCAUGAGCAGUCGUACCUGGAUUUUAAAUUACAAAUAAAGCUAGAGACUCGUGUUCACAUGUUGAACAUCGAAGUACAUUCACUCAACAGUGGACACAGCGACCAGGUCCCAUUCUUAAGUCACACGUAGUAGACGACCUAUUUUUGUUCUCUUGCACAAGCCAGAUCUCAAGUAUAUGUACGUCACACUGCUCAGGUUGUUAUCUUAGCACACAAUAAUAUCGGCCAUAAAACGCUCUCUGCGGGCACUUGAGUUGUGAAACAAAAAGUUGCAUCUCAAUGGACCAGGUCACUGUCACAGUCAGGGUCCAAACACAUGGAAGAUGAGCGUUCGUUUAUGACGUAGACAAUUUGAGGCUAUUCUAAGUCAAGUUUUUUGUCGUCUGGUCAGACCAUGGCUGUCAACGUGCCUUGCCUCAUUGCCGUCAUCGUUCUGUACGUUGUAAUCCUGGUCAUCGGUAUCGUGGCGGCGAGAAAAACCAACAAGACACAGGACAGCGAGGAGGUGAUGGUAGCCAACAGACACCUGGGACUUGUGGUGGCCUGCUUCACAAUGACAGGUGAGUGGUCACACUAGGACAGGUACAUUGUACAAACAAUCAGAGGUGAUUAGUACAAACAAUGACAGGUUGAGUUGUAAAACCAGUGAGAUGUGAGUGGCACACACAAUGACAGCUGAAUGGCACACAUAAUGACAGACGAGAGGCCAAAACAAGGAUAUGUGAGUGGCCUACACAAAGGCAGGCGAGAGGCGCACACACGGACAUGUGAGUGGCCCACACACUGACAUGUGAAUGGCCCAUACACUGACAGGUGAGUGGUCCAUACACUGACAAAGGAAUGGCACACACAUUGACAGAUGAGGGGCACACACAAUGACAUAUGAGGGGCACACACAAUGACAGAUGAGAGACACACACAAUGACAGGUUAGUGGCACACACAAUGACAGAUGAGGGGCACAUACAAUGACAUACGAGAGACACACACAAUGACAGAUGAGUCGCACACACAAUGAAAGAUGAGUCGCACACACAAUGACAGAUGAGUCGCACACACAAUGACAGAUGAGUCGCACACACAAUGACAGAUAAGUCGCACACACAAUGACAGAUGAGGGGCACACACAAUGAUAGAUGAGGGGCACACACAAUGACAGAUGAGUCGCACUUACAAUGACAGAUGAGUCGCACACACAAUGACAGAUGAGUCGCACACACAAUGACAGAUGAGUCGCAAACACAAUGACAGAUGAGUCGCACACACAAUGACAGAUAAGUCGCACACACAAUGACAGAUGAGGGGCACACACAAUGACAGAUGAGGGGCACACACAAUGACAGAUGAGUCGCACACACAAUGACAGAUGAGUCGCACACACAAUGACAGAUGAGUCGCACACACAAUGACAGAUAAGUCGCACACACAAUGACAGAUGAGGGGCACACACAAUGACAGAUGAGUCGCACACACAAUGACAGAUGAGUCGCACACACAAUGAAAGAUGAGUCGCACACACAAUGACAGAUGAGUCGCACACACAAUGACAGAUGAGUCGCACACACAAUGACAGAUGAGUCGCAAACACAAUGACAGAUGAGGGGCACACACAAUGAUAGAUGAGAGACACACACAAUGACAGAUGAGGGGCACACACAAUGACAGAUGAGUCGCACACACAAUGACAGACGAGAGACACACACAAUGACAGGUGACCUGAUAAUUAAGGUCUUAGGUUAUUUUUGGGUGGGGUAGGUCGACGAACCUUAUAUAAGUAAAUAUUACGGAUACAUUUUAUGGAUAUCUUUGGUUACUUGUUUUCAGGUAAUUCAUUAAUUUGUUUCAAACUAGAUUUGAUGAAUGCUUUUAAGAAAGUUUUAACAUUUUCCAAACUUUUUGUUCAUCUCGUUCUUAAUUCUGUUGCUCUCUUUGAUGAAUUUCAAUCAUUUGAAUCUUCCCGCUAGUUCUUUCAAUAUUUUCCUUUAGCCCAUUAUAUUGUCACCCAUCUAUGCAUCAAUCCCAUAUCACAAACAAUCAUAUCCCAUUUAUUCGUCUGUUUUAGCUACCUUUGUCUGUGGUGGAUUGUUGAACGGUACAGCUGAGUACGCGGCGUGGCACGGUCUGCUUCAGACACAGGCGCCGCUGUGCUACACCGUCGGUGUUUUCAUCAGUCAGGCAACGUUUCCCGUUUUCUCAUAUUGAAUAUAUCUCUAUCUAUAAAGUGGCUAUUCGGAGCCGGGUCCGAGAAGUUAGAGGUUGGGAUUAAACAUUUAAAAAAUAUAAAUAUUAUUGUUAAGUUGAAAGAUACAAUUUGGUAUCAAAUGAAAGAUAAUGGAAUGGACUCUAUGUUUGUAAACUUAAUUCUUCAGUUUAACUAAAAUAAACGACCCCAAAUGACAUCCGACUAGCAUUGAGUCUAAAGGGACCCGGGUCCGAAAAGCGGCGAUGUGUUUCCGGUUUCAUUUUGACGGAUGUCAUUUGUGUGUCGUUUAUUUGAGUUCAACUGAAGACCUCAGUUUACAAACAUAGAGUCCAUUCAAUUAUCUUUCAUUUGAUACUAAAUUUAGUCUUACAAACGCUACAAUCAUUUAAAAUAUUUUUGAAUAAGCCCAAACUCUCACUUCUCGGACCCGGGUCCGAAUAGCCGCAGCCAUAUGUAUAUAUUAUACAAAUUAAAUCUUACAAUUACUAACGGAUUACUUCUUUUAAUUUUUUCCACUGUCAAACUUUGUACUGUAAGUAAUCAACCCACAUUCGUAUCCCGUGCAGGGCUGCCACACCUUGGGAAAUGUCCCAAGAUCUUGGGAAUUCACUACUCCAUCCAGGACAAAAACUUACGUUUAAAAAAAAUUAUUCCCAAGAUAAAUUCCCUUUUUAAAAAAAACCUCAUGUAUUAUCAUGAUCUUGGGAAAUAUUUUUACCAAAUCUUGGGAAUUAAAAAAAAAAUUGAGUGGCAGCCCUGAUCCCGUGUUAUGCGCACUGUGAACUUCUGCGUCUGCUUCAGUUUUUAAAAUAAACGUUCCCCAGGUGGCAUUGUGAUUGCCCCAAAGAUGAGACGUGAGCGAUACGUAACGAUGUUUGACCCCUUUCAGUUCAAAUAUGGCCGUAAGAUGGGAUCCCUGUUGAUUAUACCCCACAUGCUAGGGGACCUGUUCUGGUCUGCGGCAGUGUUAGCGGCCUUAGGUAAGACAACGGAUCAAUUAAUGGAACUUUUAAUUUUAUCGUUACGCAAACUGAAAUGUUUGAUUUGAAACAUUUACUUCUUGUACAUAGAAGUUAAAAAUAUUUAGAUUUUUAUGAUAAAUAUUUUGUGUACAUCACUAGUUUAAAAUACACUUUAAACGUCACUUGAAGCUUUUUAUUAUAGGCCAACACAUUUCACCAAUGACUUGUUUGUCCUAAAUUGUCAACAUAAUAGAUUCCCUUUCACAGGGGUUCUCACAAUUUUUUAAAAAUAAAAAACAAACAACAAACUUGCUGAUUUAAAUUGAAAGACGAAGACACAUUUUUGAAAGUGACCAUGUCAUUCACACAAACACACACACACACACACAUACAACCAUGAACACACAUACAUAACUCUUCCCCUUCGACAACUAAAAAUCUAUAACUAACAUUUAUAAUGAUAGGUUAGUUGUUGAAACUCAUGUUUCUACAAGAGUAAUGAUUACAUUAGCUGUUCGUCUGUCGAAAUCGACUAUAACCAUCGUGACAUCCGGUUAGGGGGGAGGCUGCUUUGCCAUGAGCUUAUAGGUGGCUUGCUAGACCGAUGACAAUAAUAAUAAUCUCUGGCACCGCAGGCAGGGGAUAACAAGUGAUCUAAUAUUGCUGCAUUUAGUAGGGUUGAUGUUGAAGGCCUUUAGUGCAGCUUUCAGUGAGUCUUUGUAACGAUUUUUUUUUACCUCUUUGGGAGCACUUGCCUAUCGCGAGUUCUCCGAAGAAUAUCUGUUUUGGGAGCCGGUGGUCUUCAAUACCAGCUGCGUGUCCCAUCCAUCGGAGUUGAGACUUCAUCAGGGUGGUAAAGGUAUUAGGUUAGUUCGCUCUAGCGACGACCUCUGUGUCAGUAAUUUUGUCUUGCCACCUAAUGCCGAGGAGUUUCCUGAGGCAGGUUGUGUGAAAGUGGUUCAGUUUCUUGGCGUGACACUGGUAGAAUGUCCACGUUUCACAUCCGUAGAGCAAUGUCGAGAGGACUGCUGCGCUAAAGAUCUUCGUUUCUCGUCCGAUACCUCUCCUUUCACAAACAGUGCUGCGUAGCCUGCCAAAUAUGGCACUGACAUCUGCGAGUUUGGCUUUCAUUUCAUCAUCCAUGACGACAGAUCUGGAGAGGGUGCUGCCCAAGAAAGAUAAUUUAUCCACCGCGUUAAGACGCUGACUGCUGAUGAUAAUGUUGGGUUCAGCGUAGGACUUAAUGGAGCUGUCUGAUACAUCACCUAAAUCUUCUUUGUGUUGAUUGUGAGGCCAACGUUAUUGCAGGCCUAAGAGAAGACAUCAACGCUGUGUGGCACGGCGGCUUCUGAGGCAGCGUUUAGGGCACAAUCGUCCGCAAACAGAAGCUCCUUGAUGGCAUUGUGUUUGACUUUGGUUUUAGCCUGAAGCCGCCAAAGUUAGAAGACUGAUCCAUCGGUGCGAAACCGGAUCGGCAAGCCCUUGGUGGAGUCCUUGAAUGCACCAGACAGCAUUGCAGAAUACAUAACAUUGAAGAGUGUGGGAGCCAGGACGCAGCCCUGCUUUACACCGUUUGUGACAGGAAAUGCUUGAGAUGACUGACAGUUGUCCAGCACUUGAGCCAUCAUGCAGCUGACGGAUAAUGUUGGUGAACUUGUCUGGCCAUCCGUACUUCUUCAUGAUUUUCCACAGGCCACCUCUAUUGACCCUGUCAAAAGCUCUUCUUCAGGUCUAUGAAUGUGGAAUAUAGGUCCGUAUUUUGCUCCUGACAUUUCUCUUGACGCUGCCUGGCAGCAAACACCAUAUCGAUAGUUCCGUAUUCUUUGCGGAAACUGCAUUGACUAUUGGGUAGGAAACCUAGCUCCAGAUACGCAUUCAGGCGGUUCAGAAGGGCUCGGUUUAAGACCUUGUCUGCGAUGGACAUCAGUGAAAUUCCGCGGUGAUUUCUCAGGCCUGACGGUUUCCUUUGUGUUUGUACCUGUGGAUUAUUUAGGCAGCUUUGAGAUCUUGUGGUAGAGUUUCUGUCUGCCAUAUGAUGUGGAAUAGACGCAAUAGCUUAUCCGUCAACGCUGGUCCACCCUCUUGGUAGAUUUCGGCAGGAAUCAUGUCGGAGCCAGGAACUUUCCCAUUGGACAUUUGGCGGAUUGCUGUCUGUAUCUCAACCAAAGUUGGGACAGAGUUCAGUGACUUUUUCGUUGGGACCUGGGGCAGUCUUUCAAUGGCCUCAUUAAUGGCAGAAGACGAAUUGAACACACUAUCAAAGUGUUCGGCCCAUCUUUCCAAGAUUUUCUCCUAUUCUAUGAUGAGUGUAGAUCCGUCUGCACUAAGGAUAGGAGAAGAGCCUGAGGUGUUAACUCCACAGAUUUCUCUCAGGCCAAUGUAGAAGUUUUUCAAGUCUUUCUUGUCUGCAAGGCUCUGAAUCUCAUCAGCUUUCGCACUCAGCUAGGAGAAUUGCAUAUGGCACAGUUGCAACUGUACCUUGCUGCGGAUGCUCCUCAGAGCAGCUGUAUUUGCUGUUGACAUUGGGUCAUCAUGGAGGGCCUUGUACGCCCGACGUUUUUGCUCAAGUAGCAUUUGGAUCGCUGUGUUGUUUUCAUCAAACCAAUCAUUGUGUUUCCUGGUAGAGGGUCCGAGGCGCUCAACGGCUGUGCUAUACACUGUCUCACAAAGUAUGGUCCACGCUGUUUCAGCGUCCUGAUAGUCCAGUGUGAUGGUAUCAAGGCGUUCAUCCAAGUUGUCAACAAAGGCUUUUUCUUACAUCAGGGAUCUUCAACUUACUGAUUUUGAUGCGUUUCGGAGCUUUGGUGACCUGGGGGUCAUCUCUUAGUUUGGAUGUGAAUGUUCAUCUUUGAGACGAUGAGGCGGUUAUCCGUCCAGCAUUUUGCGCUGCAAGUGGCGUUAGUCACCCUCACGUCCUUCCGGUCCCUAUUUCUGACGAUGCCAUAAUUUAUUAGGUGCUAGUUUGGAUUGGGGUGCAUCCAGGAGGUCAUGUUGCGCGGAGGCUGGCUGAAGGUGGUGUUUGUUAUUAGAAGGUCGUGUUCAGCACAGGUCUGAAGUUGCAGUAGGCUGUUGCUGUUGCACUUUCCAAUACCAUACUUUCCCAUCGCUCCCCAGGGGGUGUAGUCGCUGCCGACACGUGCAUUGAAAUCUCAAAGGAUGAUGAGUUUGCCAGCAGUCUGUGUGGUCGAGAUAACAGUAUUGUAAGGAAACCUUGCUUACUCUCUAGCUAACUUCAUCUAGAUCUGGUACUCAAUAAGUAAACAACUCCGGUGAUACAUUUAAAGAUUAAACUCGUGUUCUUUAUUUGAUCUAUCAUUUGCUUACACUUUCACUCAUCUCCCAACUCCGACUUCUCCCUGCUCUCCCGUUCACAGUCCGGCCGCCUUCUCUUCUAACCAUCCGGCCGCGCUCCCCCUAACCCGUCCAGAGGUCCCUAUUUAUAGGUCCCUGGGUCUGUACUUGCGCCGCCCCUUUUCUCAAUUGCCAUGGUCUAGACGUCCCAGGUAAAUGCCCUGGUCAGAUGGAUGGUCGUGUCUGGGUGGUCAGACGGAUUACGUCAGGCGCCGUCGUGGUCCGAACUCUCCACAGUAUUCAGGUCUUCAUAAAACUUAUCUUUGGUCCCUUCUGUGUUUGUCAUUGUUACAGCACUGCCUCUAUUGUGAGAAAUUAAUCUCUUGUUUUAAAUUAUGGCUCGUUCAAACAGUUCACAACAAAGGACGAUACCAUAGCGAAAUACAAUAGCAAAAAUACGACACUCAAAACAGUACUAACCACAAUUAAUAAGAUUUAAUUAGGUAUUAAUAUAAUUACAAAACAAAAUAAAUAUAAUUACAAUCAUCAACUUACAGACUAUGAGAUGUCUUGUACCAGUACACAGUUAGUACAAUGCGUCAAUUAAUAAUGUACAAUGAUGAAUGCAAAUAAACAGAGUACACACACAAUAAUACACUUGUCUCGUGAAGUUAAAAAUAUCUAUCAAUCAAUCUCCUUCGAUGAAUCUCUGAAUCCCUUUUAUAUGUAUACGUCCGUAGAACCAACGCUUCUAGAAAUGUCUUCUACAUUGUUUAUUUUUCUAGUCAAUUAUUGAAGUUUCCCCAAAUUUCUAUUAGAAUAUAUUAGUUAUUUUUAGUUGAUAGAAAACAACGACUAAGAUGAAAGGAAAUAGGCCACGCCCAAUACGAACGCCGUCUAAUGUGGGGUCAACCAGAGUUCACGGCACGGGGAAAGUGUGACGUAAACACGUCCUACAUAACAGUCAUGGUGGGUGCAUAGGCACUGAUGAAAGUGGCAGCCUUCUUUCCAUGGCAGAGGGGGAGUUUCAACGUCAUGAAACGGUUGUUGAUACCUUUUGGAGAGCUGGUGAACUUACUCACAAGAGAGGUUUUGAUAGCAAAGCCAGCACCAGCCCCUCACCUUGCGUCAAGGUCACGUCCGCUCCAGAAGAAAGAAUAACCAGCAAGCCUUUCUGUGAGUUCACCUUUGCCAGAGAGUCUGGUUUCACUGAGGGCGGCAAUGUCUAUAUUGUAUCUCUCAAGUUCAUGGGCAACGAGCGCCGUGUGACGUCGAGGUCUGUUUGUAGUGUCCCUAUCAAGCAGUGUGCGUAUGUUCCAAGUGGCAAUUUUAAGUGAAAUAGAGUUUAUCUUUGAUUUUUGACAGCAAAAAAAAAGGAUCCCCGCCGACCAUGUUUAGCCGACCAGGGUGUGAACAGGCAGUGUUUUGGGCACCUAUUCUAGCCCCUGCGUCAUGCAUUUAGGAGAGCCUAUCCGUCACCACAGGACUUGUGAUGAUGGGUGUUGGUGACUGAUGACUUGCAUGAGUGACUUUGUUUAAAGUAAGGAGGAGUUGCGCAGCUUCAACCUCACUCUCUCGCCCGGACUCACCGUGUCCAGUGGCAAGACUAAGUCAAGUCGACCGGAGAUGGGUACGGAUGCAGUGGAUGACCAAGAUGUUCUACGUGCCUCAUCCUGCUCUACACACCCCAAGGUGCGUUGCUGUAAUCGUCAUCUCCUCCGUUGAACCUAAAUGGUCUCCUCUGUAUGUUCCGUAGACGUCCAGGCUUUGCAUGCAGUAGGUAGGCAGUCCUAAAUCACCGAGGGUUUGAGGCCCAUCAGCUACCCACACCUGGUUUAACCGGCUAAUGGAAGCCAUUGCCCAGGGUAUGACCGCAGUUGCAGACUAAAAGCUGCGGGGUGCACAGGUGAGAGUUGAGUGACAGGGGAGGACCAAGGUGGACGAACUGCUCCUAGGAGCACAACGUUUUCCCCAUCAGGGGCACCAUGUCUUCUUGUACACACCAUAAUAAAAAGGAAAAAUACGUAUCUGAAAUAAACAUUAUGGCCAGAAUCUUUAGUAUAUUUUUCACUUAAAUGACUAUUUCUUAUAACUAAUUUUUGUUGAAAUAAAGAAUUCCUUUCUCUUGUGUAUUAUUAUACCGCCAUCUUGUCGUAGCCGGAAGUUAUCUUUUGUAUAAUGAAAAUGGAGAUUUUGUUAACGAAAUGUUGUUGAAAGGAAAAAAAAUACGUACCUGAAACAAAGAUUCUGAUCCUGUCCAGAUUCUUAAGCAUAUUUUUCACAGAAGGAAUUAUUUCCUACAUCUAAUUUUUGGUGAAGUCCAUGUUUCCUUUCUUUUAUGUUCACUUUGUUUCAUUUUUCCGCCAUCUUGUUGCAGCCCGGAGUUUCUUAUGAUUACAUUACACACCUUAUAAAUCAAAGAUCCGUUAUUUAAUGAUUCUAUUCCGACAACUUCCAAUGUUCACAUGUUUCCAUCCAGACAACAUCGGAUGUUCAUAUAGUUUCAUCCAGACACCAUCGGAUGUUCAUAUAGUUCCAUCCAGACACCAUCGGAUGUUCAUAUGUUUCCAUCCAGACAUCAUCGGAUGUUCAUAUGUUUCCAUCCAGACAUCAUCGGACGUUCAUAUGUUUCCAUCCAGACGUCAUCGGAUGUUCAUAUGUUUCCUUCCAGAACCAUGUAAUGUUCACAUGUUUCCAUCCAGACACCACCCUAUGUUCACGUUUCCAUGCUGACACCAUCCGAUGUUUAUAUUUUUCCAUCCAGACACCAUCCAAUGUUCACAUGUUUCGUUCCAUACACCAUCCAAUGUUCACAUGUUUCCAUCCAGACACCAUCUAAUGUUCAUAUGUUUCCAUCCAUACACCACCCGAUGUUCACGUUUCCAUGCUGACACCACCCGAUGUUCCUUUUAUUUUUAGGCGCAACAAUCUCCAUUAUAGUUGACAUCAAUGCCACAGUCUCUAUCAUUGUAUCUGCCCUUAUCGCUGUCAUCUACACAUUCCUCGGGGGGCUUUACGCUGUCGCCUACACUGACGUCAUACAGAUGGUAAUGAUUGCUAUUGGAAUGGUAAGAUGCAAGAUGGUAAUGAUUGCUAUUGGAAUGGUAAGAUGCAAGAUGGUAAUGAUUGCUAUUGGAAUGGUACUAUCCAAGAUGGUAAUGACUGCUAUUGGAAAGGUAAGAUGCAAGAUGGUAAUGAUGGCUAUUGGAAUGGUACGAUCCAAGAUGGUAAUGAUUGCUUUUAGAAUUGUAAGAUCCGAGAUGGCAAUGAUUGCUAUUGGAAUGGUAAAAUCCAAGACGAUAAUCUCGAUGGGGUUCCAUUUUCGACUACCUGCAGACUUUUUUCAAAGAAAGGGCGGCAAAAAGCUUUGCCCGCCCCAUGUAGCCUCAACACUAGUAACGCCACUGCCUGCUCCCAAACAAAAUUAACUACAACAAAUAUAAAGCUAAUGCCAAGUUUUACGCACUGCCUUCUACUGUGAGAAAUUAAUCUCCUAUUUUAAAUUUAUGGCUCGUUCAAACAGUGCCUAACAAAGGACGAUAUCAUAGAGAAAUACAAAUAACGAAAAUACGAGACCCAAAACAGUACAAAUUACAAUUAAUACGAUUUAAUUUAGUAAUAAUACCAUUACAAAACAAAAUAAACAUAAUUACAAAUCAUCAACUUACAGAGUAUAUGAAAAUAUGGUAGAUCUUGUACCGGUACACAGAGAAUAUAAGCACGCAAAAAAUACUCGUGAAGUUAAAAUAUAUCUAUCUGAAUCUCCGUCUCUCUCCGUGCCUGUCAAUCCUUUAUAUAUGUCGGUGUACCGACGCGUCUAGAAAUGCCCUUACUUUUCUAAUACAAUCGAGAACCUUUGACAAGAUACUAGUAGACCUACUAACCAUGUUUAAUUGGAAGCCGGUAGUAAACACGAUACUUCAAAGACUAACCCACGCCCACAAAAAACGCUACCGUCUGCUAGGGAUCUAAUGUGGGGUGAAACAAAGUUCAAGCACGGGGAAAAAGUGUACUACAUAACACAAGACACAACUUGGGGAACAUCUCAGGGCACAUCUUAGGCCAACUCUUAAGGCAUAUAUCAGGGAACGCAACCGUUAAAAAAAACUAGUUUUGCUAUAUAAAUCAUAGUGAAAAUCUCCUUCACUGCUUCAUAGGUUAAUAGUUCUCACCAUUUUUGUAGGCAUUAGUUAUGUCAAAUGUUACUUUUUAAAUCUACAUAAAUGUCGCCAAAAGGUAUGUCCAGAUAUUUGUUUCUCCAAACAAAUUUCAAUAAGUGAUUACUCGUCUAACAGAUCAUUGCCUUCCCCUUUGCUCUGACACACCCUCACGUUCACCUGGAGAACAUCAGUGACACCUGGCUGGGAGAUGUGCCUGCUGGGACAGAAUGGGCUUAUUUUGAUAUAGCCUGUCUCCUUGUCUUUGGAGGCUCCACUUGGCAGGUUGGUGGUGUUAACAAAAAUUGGCUUUUCAUUCUAUUCUAAGAAGAAAUAUAAAACAAAUACUUAAGAAUAAAAAAAGAGAAAAAAAGACACAUACAAAGAAGAGACCGACCGAAUUUCGGCUUCGGCUUCGCUUUCAGCGCCAAAAGUGGCCAUUUUAUCACUUUCGGCUUAAUUUCGUUUUCGGCCGAAAGAGAAAUGCUAACUUUCGGUUUAUUUUAGGUUUCGGUCAAAAUUGACUUAGACUUGACUGAUGUUUUAGGUCAUCUAACAGAAGUCAGACGGUCUGUCUGUCUCUAGGCCGUAAUCUGAUAUAUAAUUAGUGAUCGACGUCUUGCUGUCAUUGUUUGUUAUAUAUUACUAAUACUCGGUGGAAGCUGCCUACAGCUGCAUGAUGACCUACUUGUCCUGUCCUAUAUUUCCAAACAAUAAACAUUUUAUUGGAAGAAAAACUAAGGGAAUGGUAAUAUUUAUAUCAUUGUUUUUGUUUCUUUUAAUUUAAUAAAAUUUGGAACCGUAGGUUUAUUCAAUUCCUUCACUUUUGGUAUUCAUUUUGAUUUAUCAUUAUCAUGCUCAUCAAUGUUGUCAUAGGCAAAGGUGAAUGAUAUUGCAUAAUCCAUGGGAAUGGUAAAAUUUACAUUUUUAUUUUUAAUUUAAAAAAAAUGUUAAAAAGCAAACAUAGGCCUUUUCAAACCAUUCAUUUCUUGAAAUUCAUCAUUAUCAUGCCCAUAAACAUUGUUACUGGUGAAAUAACAUGCGUUUGCAUGAAUCAUGGAUUCGUAUUAUAAUUAUGUAGUAGGUCUUCUGCAGACCUGUGUACUUUUAUGAUAUUGGCGACCAAUUUAGGUGUCUUUUGCGACUCUACGUCGAGACCCAUGAUCAAAACAACAAUUUUAAGAGACCCGGUUUAAAAAAAAAUAAUUUUCGCCAUUAAUGAGGUGAGGGAGAUUGGUCUCCGAACGAAAAAAAUUACGUCACCAGCACGGAAACACUAAUGUUUUGUUACUAGGUUAAAUAUUAAUACAGUGAUAUCUUGCAAGCCAUUAAUGAAAACACAAAGCAUUAGUAUUACGAAAACAGCGAAAAAUUGUGGUAAUAUUUUUAUAGCCUUAAUAAAUAUAUAUUUAGGUGGCAAUUGGCUCUAAUAGCGCCACAAUAAUUAUUGUAGGUAUAUGUUCUAGGGUGUAAUUAUAUUAUAAAAGCAAAGGGCACUUAAGAGUCUAUUUUGCAUUAAUUUUGCUCCCCGGCCAUUUUUGCAAAAUUUUCUCCUACCAUACUAAUUAAAAAAAAUUUGUAAAGCAAUUUAAAUUACUUUAAAUUAAAAUUGUAAAAUCCAAAGUAUUCAUUAGAUCAAGGGUCUCAAACUCAAAUCAUCAGGGGGUCCGCAAGGAGGUAGAGUCUGAGUGAGACUGGGCCGCAUCAAGUAUUCCACAGAAAAGAAAAUACAAAUUGAAAGUACAACUGUUAGAAUCUGCCCAACCGUUAUAAAUAACAAAUAAAAACAUUAAGGGUUCUCAAGAAAUAGGAUUCACUUUCUUCCACCUACUCACUGUUGCCAGAGACCUGGCAGCGCUUUUUUUACACAGCUGAGGAACUUUGGUUGAGAGAGGAAGCAACUGAGACCCUCAGUAUAGCUUGAAGAUCCUCAUCAGUCAGUUUGGCCCUGAACUUUAAUUUCUUAAAGUGCAUAAAAAGAGCUUUUCACACAGAUAGGUACUCACAAAAAGUCAUACGAUCCGCCUGAACAACCUAAAAAUGUCAGGAAGGUUGAGGGCAAAGCAAUAAAAUGUCCAGCUUGUCUGUUUUUCCAUUCAACUCCCCACGAGGGACAUCUUGCACAUUAAAGGAGAAAGGGUCAGCAAAAAGCUGUAAAGUGGCUGUCUGUGUUUUGUCUAAAAAUGUGAACACAUUCUUUCUGUAGUUUUGCAAUGGCAUCAGUAUACUUACUACUUGUUGUUCGUCCGUCGAAGUCGACUAGGACCAACGAGUCAUGCGGUUAGGGAGAGGCUGGGAUUAUGGUGAGCUCGUAGGUGGUUUGCUAGACUGACCCUUGCUCAAAUAAUCUAUGACACCGUGGGCAUGGAAUAGUUGCUUCAGACGGUGACCUAAUGUUGCUCUUUCGGAUAAGCCUGCGUGUCUCAGCUGUGGUUAUUCUAUUCGCUUCAUGGGAUUUAGCCCCCUUCUUGACAACAGCUCUCCACCUGGCUCUGUCCUGGGCUGUCUGCACCCAUUGAGUAGGGUUUAUGCUGAAGGCCUUUAAUGCCACUUUCAGUGAGUCUUUGUAACGCUUUUUUUUGGCCUCCUUGGGAGCGCUUACCUAUCGUGAGUUCUCCGAAGAAUAAUUGUUUCGGGAGCCGGUGGUCUUCCAUACAGGCUACGUGUCCCAUCUAACGGAGCUGAGACUGCAUUAUAGUGAUGAAGAUACUAGGCAAGUUAGCUCUAGCGAGGACCUCAGUGUCGGGGACUUUGUCUUGCCACCUGAUGUUGAGGAGUUUCCUGAGGCAGAUAGUGUGAAAAUGAUUCAGUUUCUUGGCGUGACACUGUCCACGUUUCACAUCCAUAGAGCAGUGUCGUGAGGACUUCGCUAUAGACCAUGAGCUUUGUUUUUCGUCUGAUACCUGAUGCUGCUGAGCCUGCCAAAUAUGGCACUAGCUUUUGCGAGUUUGCGAUUCAUUUCAUCAUCCAUGACACCAGAUCUAGAGAGGGUGCUGCCCAAGUAAGUAAAUGUAUCCACCGGGUUGAGACGCUGUCCACUGAUGAUGAUUUUGGGUUCAACGUAGGGCUUACUGGGAGCUGGCUGAUACAUCACCUCAGUCUUCUUUGAGUUGAUUGUGAGGCCAAAGUUAUUGCAGGCCUCAGAGAAGAUAUCAAAGCUGUGUUGCAUGACAGCUUCUGAGGGAGCGUUGGGGGCACAAUCGUCUGCAAACAGAAGCUCGUUGAUCGUGAUAUGUUUGACCUUGGUUUUAUCUUCUUGUAUUGUUGAGAAAUCGAAGAGGUUUAUCUAAGAACAAUGACACAAUUUUUGUGCUGAAUGCCCUGACAUUGUCAUAGGCAAUACUGACAAGCUACCACUGGUCUUGUAACUUCUUGUUGAGUACAUUCAGCUCCUGUGUAAUGUCAACAAGACAAACCAAGUCCAUUAGCCAUUUCGGAUAAUUUAGUACCAAAAAACCACCCCAUUCUUCUCCAUGAAGGCUUUAAAUGCUAAAACGUGUCAAACAAUAGGCAGGAGCGCGGCCGUAUUUAUGAAUUAUUGAUGCUAAGGAAGCAGCUAUUGUUGUUAGAAUGAAUUUUUACUUUUUUUCGUUUUAAAGGCCUUUUUGACUAACCCUAUUUUAAAAGACAAUCCUACUAUAUGGAUCAGAAACUUGGAAAAAAACAGUGAGCAUUACGCAGAAAGUACAUACCUUCAUAUACACAUGCCCUAGAAAGAUCCUGAACAUCAAAUGGCCAAAUAUUAUCACCAACAAAGAUCUAUAACUAGAUAGGACUUACCAGGUUCCCAUCGACGAAGACAUCGUAAAUAAAAAAUGGAGAUGGAUAGGACAUACUCUCCGAAAAUCCCCAGAUAGCAUCAACAGAAAUUCCUAACAUGGAAUCCACAGGGAAAAAGAGAGAGAAGAAGGCCAAAGAAUACAUGGAGACGCGAUCUAGUGGCAGACACGCGAAAUAUGGGAUACACCUAGAAACAACUGGAAAUAAAAGCACAGGACCGUGAUGAAUGGAGAAUUCUUCUGGAUGGUCAGACUGGUUAAAAAGGCAUAAGAAGAAGAAGAUUUUGAAAGUGACCAAGCUGCCGGGAUCAGAAUUUCCCUUACUCGUAAACACUAGUGGCAAUUUAAAUAUGGAUCCUUUGAUAAUGUAUCAGAUUGCUACGAUUUACACAAUUAUGGUUGUGCAUUACCCACCAACUUACUUUUAAAACUUUUUUCAAAGCCUCACUCAGUGCCAUGUUUGUCUCAUAAAAUGCUACCAAAUAAAAACUCCUAUUCCGAUUUUAAAACGGCUCUUACUAUUAUAAUCAUCAUACAAAAUAUAAGAAACAUUUAAAAAAUCAGAAUUAGACUAGUGGGUGAGAUUCGACUGAAACCGUCGCGGAGAGUUACGUUAUAGAUAUGAGAAUGGGGAAAACUUGGCUGCGCAUUAACACUAAACUUGACCGCAAAAUAUCGUCUUGCGGGUCAUAAAUGGCUCGCGGGCCGCGUGUUUGAGACCCCUAUAUUAGAUGUUUAUUUAUUAAUAUUCACCAUUAUCUCAUUUUUAUAAAAAUAAUGUAAAUAUUGAUACAUUCCCCCAUCAUUUUCGAUGUAUGCAGAAAGUAUGAGGGAACAAAUUUCAAAAUAUCUAAAUAUUUCAUUUUUGGCUUCUGCAUUAGGCCGAAAGUCAUUUUUAAAAUUUCGGCCUAUUUACGGUUUCGGCCGAAAAGCAUUUUUAAACUUUCGGCAUAUUUUCGGUUUCGGUAGAAAUCAGAAAAUCACUUUCGGUCGGUCUCUAAUACAAAGCCAUGGAUUUCGGCAUGCUUACAAAUGUGAAAUUAUUUUAUUAAAAUACAAUUUUAUAGAUUUAUUAUUUUUUUUUACAUUGAAACAUUUUAAAGGAAAAAUAUUUGUCCUUAUUGAAGAACAAGGCAAAAAACGUUUCUUAACGUUAACUAAAAACUCCACCAUUUGAAUCUAGGCAUAUGGCCACUGAGGCAUAUGGCCGCUGGAGCAUAUGACCAAUGAGGCAUAUGAUCAUUGAGGCAUAUGACCAAUGAGGCAUAUGGCCACUGGGGUAUAUGGCCACUGGAGCAUAUGAGCAAUGAGACAUAUGGCCAAUGAGGCAUAGAACCCCUGAAAAUUUCCAGAUUUAUUGACCAACAUGAAAUGUCAACAUGUAGAGGUGCACCAAACUACUGCAUUUAUUGAUAACACAUUCUUACUGCUGUCAGAAGAUUUGUCUUACUAUUGUUGCUUAGUUUCAUUGCUUUCUUCAUGUAAUUUUUCAGGCUGUCUAUCAAAGGGUCUUAGCCUGCAAGACACCAAAGAUAGCCAUGGUGUCUACAAUGGUCGCCUCUGUGGUUGCCUUUCUGAUGGCUAUACCAGCCUAUAUGCUUGGCAUUGCCGGGGCUGCAGCAGGUGUCCUUUGAAUGUCUCAGUAACAAACUAUAGGAAACUAACAUAGACUUAAGAAAUACUUAGACUUAUCUAGAUCAAUGAAUUAUUGAAUUAAAUAAGUUAAGAACAAAUCGAUUUCAGAAAGUAUUCAUGACUUGAGAGAGUAUUCAUGACUCGAGAGAGUAUUCAUGACUUGAGAGAGUAUUCAUGACUCGAGAGAGUAUUCAUGACUUGAGAGAGUAUUCAUGACUGCGAGAGGGUUUAUGGUGACAAAAUAGGAAAAUACAAAUAGAUAAAAUAUGCACACAUUUUACAGAUAUCCCCACUAUCACCAUCGACGACUACGACUUGGAUACUGUUGACAGUUUCACAUAUCUGGGAUCCAACAUAUCGAGCACCCUCUCAAUGGAGGAUGAGAUAAGUGGAAGGAUAGGGAAGGCCGCAACUGUUAUGGUCAGACUGAAGAAAAGAGUCUGGUCAAAUGCCAAACUCACAACAAGAUCUAAGCUGCAGGUGUACCAGGCCUGCGUACUGAGCACACUUCUGUAUGGAUGCGAGUUGUGGACCACAUACUCUAAACACGAAAGAAGGCUCAAUGGCUUCCGCCUCAGAUGCCUGCGCCACAUCCUUGACAUUAAAUGGCAAGACAAAGUCCCCAACACGGAUGUCCUGUCCCAAACAAACAUGUAUAGCGUACCAGCCAUGUUAAUCCAAAGACGUCUCCGUUGGCUUGGACACGUCAAGCGAAUGCAACCCAAUCGUAUACAAAAGGACGUGCUAUACAGCGAGCUGGCGACAGGGAAAAGGUCAGUUGGACGGCCUCGUCUGAGAUACUUAGACCGAUGCAAAAGAGACAUGAAGUCGGCCAACAUCGACAUCUCAAACUGGGAGGAGCUGGCAGAGGAUCGAUCCUCAUGGCGGGACAUCGUGAAGGCAGGAUCACUACAUGCCGAGGAGCAAAACAGGGUGGAAACAGCUGCAAAAAGAGCGAGGAGGAAGGCCGGUAAAUACUGCUCCACCGCAUUCAUGUGUGGGAAAUGUAACAGAGACUGCCAUUCGAGGAUUGGUCUCACCAGCCACACCAAGAGCUGCAAGCAAUAAAGAUAAUCUAUCGUCCCCCGCAGACGGAAAGAUGCCAUACAUACAGUGGUUGCUAAGAAUCUCACAUGUUACCGUGACUGAUUGGUUGCUAAGAGUCUCACAUGUUACUGUGACUGAUUGGUUGCUAAGAUUCUCACUUGUAUAUGUGACUGAUUGGUUGAUAAGAAUCUCAAAUGUUACUGUGACUAAUUGGUUGAUAAAAGAAUCUCAUAGCGCUCGUGACGACUUAUGUACCCACUAGUCAACUCCACUCGUACCGAUAGUAGCAAACUCUCAAUACCACGUGUUGACCUUGAGUCUUACGGAAGUCACACUUUCACAUUUGCUGGCCCAACAAUUUGGAAUACACUUCCUAUCUGUCGCUCUCAGAAAAAGCCAGACACUAGAGUCUUUCAAAAUCGAUUUGAAAACACAUCUUUUUCGCAAACACCUGCUGGGGUGAUGUUGUCUACAAUCUUUUCCAGCAAGCGAUUAUCUCCUAGAUGUAUAUUGGCCUGUGUUGUUUAUGUUUGCAAGGAAUGAAAGACCUCAAAUGGGUAUUCUCGUAUGUAGUUUUUGUAAUGUUGCGUUCUGUAUUUCAAUGUUGUAUAAUGAAGAUUUUUUCAUUUCUAUUUUAAUAUGGUUGACUUUGUACCACGCUUUGAGCAUUUGGGGAUGAAGCAUGAUUUUCAAUAAAAUUUACUAUUAUUAUUAUUUUGCGGAAACAUCCAACAUAUAAAUGCAAUGAUGACCUUUAGUGAUUUUUAUAAGCAUUGAUACUCUUUGAAACGCGUUGGCCUCCCAGCUGUACAGUGUAUAAUAGCCUCCAGUUUUACAGUGCAUGAUAGCCUCCAAGCUGUACGGUGUAUAAUAGCCUCCCAGCUGUACAGUGUAUAAAAGCCUCCAAGCUGUACAGUGUAUAAUAGCCUCCCAGCUGUACAGUGUAUAAUAGCCUCCAGUUUUACAGUGCAUGAUAGCCUCCAAGCUGUACGGUGUAUAAUAGCCUCCCAGCUGUACAGUGUAUAAUAGCCUCCCAGCUGUGCAGUAUAUAAUAGCCUCCCAGCUGUACAGUGUAUAAUAGCCUCCAGUUUUACAGUGCAUGAUAGCCUCCAAGCUUUACGGUGUAUAAUAGCCUCCCAGCUGUACAGUGUAUGAUAGCCUCCCAGCUGUACAGUGUAUAAUAGCCUCCCAGCUGUACAGUGUAUAAUAGCCUCCCAGCUGUACAGUGUAUGAUAGCCCUAUAGUUUUUGGACCAGGCUCACUUCUGAGCCCACGUCUAAUCUCAAUCGUCAAAUUAACUGAAAAAUGUAUUUUUGAAUCUGCCAGAUUGGAACAGCACAUCGUAUGAAGGACCGAUUCCCAUACCAGAAGAUCAGAAAAGCAACAUACUUCCUCUCACCCUCACUUAUCUGGUCCCGCUUCCAGUGUCCAUAAUAGGUCUUGGCGCCAUAUCGGCUGCCGUAAUGUCGUCUGCAGACUCCUGUUUCCUGUCGUCAGCGACAAUUCUUACAAAAAAUAUCUACAAAGACAUAUUUCGGGAAAAGGUUAGAAUUCAUCAAUAAAGCUUGAUUCUCAUCCAUUCUAAUGCAAAAUCAGUCUUCGUUAGGCUGGAGUUUGGUCUGGGUUAUGGAUAAAGUUUGGUUUUCGUUAAGGCUAGAGUUUGGUCUUGGUUAUGAAUAAAGUUUGGUCUUGGUUAGGGAUAGAGUUUAAUCUUGGUGAGGGCUAGAGUUUUGUCUUGGUCAAGGCUAGACUUUAGUCUUGGUUAGGGCUAGAGUUUGAUCUUGGUCAGGGCUAGAGUUUGGCCUUGGUCAAGGCUAGAGUUUGGUCUUGGUUAUGAAUAAAGUUUGGUCUUGGUUAGGGAUAGAGUUUAAUCUUGGUCAGGGCUAGAGUUUUGUCUUGGUCAAGGCUAGACUUUAGUCUUGGUUAGGGCUAGAGUUUGAUCUUGGUCAGGGCUAGAGUUUGGCCUUGGUCAAGGCUAGAGUUUGGUCUUGGUUAUGAAUAAAGUUUGGUCUUGGUUAGGGAUAGAGUUUAAUCUUGGUCAGGGCUAGAGUUUUGUCUUGGUCAAGGCUAGACUUUAGUCUUGGUUAGGGCUAGAGUUUGAUCUUGGUCAGGGCUAGAGUUUGGCCUUGGUCAAGGCUAGAGUUUGGUCUUGGUUAUGAAUAAAGUUUGGUCUUGGUUAGGGAUAGAGUUUAAUCUUGGUCAGGGCUAGAGUUUGGUCUUGGUCAAGGCUAGACUUUGGUCUUGGUUAGGGCUAGAGUUUGAUCUUGGUCAGGGCUAGAGUUUGGCCUUGGUCAAGGCUAGAGUUUGGUCUUGGUUAUGAAUAAAGUUUGGUCUUGGUCACGGCUAGAGUUUGGUCUUGGUCAGGGCUAGAGUUUGGCUUUGGUCAAGGCUAGAGUUUGGUCUUGGUAAGGCCUGGAGUUUGAUCUUGGUCAGGGCUAGAGUUUGGUCUUGGUUAGGGCUAGAGUUUGGUCUUGGUCAGGGCUAGAGUUUGGUCUUGGUUAGGGCUAGAGUUUGGCCUUGGUCAGGGCUAGAGUUUGGUCUUGGUUAGGGCUAGAGUUUGGUCUUGGUCAGGGCUAGAGUUUGGUCUUGGUUAGGGCUAGAGUUUGGUCUUGGUUAGGGCUAAAGUUUGGUCUUGGUUAGGUUUAGAGUUUGGUCUUGGUUAGGGCUAGAGUUUGGUCUUGGUUAGCGCUAGAGUUUGGUCUUGGUUAGGGCUAGAGUUUGGCCUUGGUCAAGGCUAGAGUUUGGUCUUGGUUAUGAAUAAAGUUUGGUCUUGGUCACGGCUAGAGUUUGGUCUUGGUCAGGGCUAGAGUUUGGUCUUGGUCAGGGCUAGAGUUUGGUCUUGGUUAGGGCUAGAGCUUGGUCUUGGUUAGGGCUAGAGUUAGGUCUUGGUUAGGGCUAGAGUUUGGUCUUGGUUAGGCCUAGAGCUUGGUCUUGGUUAGUGCUAGAGUUUGGUCUUGGUUAGUGCUAGAUUUUGGUCUUGGUCAGGGUUAGCGUUUGGUCUUGGUCAGGGUUAGCGUUUGGUCUUGGUCAGGGCUAGAGUUAGGUCUUGGUUAGGGCUAGAGUUUGGUCUUGGUUAGGGCUAGAGUUUGGUCUUGGUUAGGGCUAGAGCUUGGUCUUGGUUAGGCCUAGAGUUUGGUCUUGGUUAGUGCUAGAUUUUGGUCUUGGUCAGGGUUAGCGUUUGGUCUUGGUCAGGGCUAGAGUUUGGUCUUGGUUAGGGCUAGAGUUUGGUCUUGGUCAGGGCUAGUGUUUGGUCUUGGUCAAGGCUAGAGUUUGGUCUUGUUUUGGGCUAGAGUUUGGUCUUGGCUAGGGCUAGAGUUUGGUCUUGGUUAGGGCUAGAGUUUGGUCUUGGUCACGGCUAGAGUUUGGUCUUGGUUAGGGCUAGAGUUUGGUCUUGGUCAGGGCUAGAGUUUGGUCUUGGUAAGGGCUAGAGUUUGGUCUUGGUCAGGGCUAGAGUUUUUCUUUUUAUAAUAAAAUAAUAUUUAAAACGUUAUUAAUAUUUUUAAAAAAUCAUAACAACUUUGUCUGGAUAUUUUGUGUGUGGUGAAGUCCCAAGAAGGCAGAAAGCAAAUUAGUGCUAAGCUUCUCUAUUCUUUAAACAACAACUUUAUAGAAGAAGUAUUGAUUUGCUAAAAUUUCGAUGCAGAAUAUGUUAUCUAUUUGAAGGGUUUUGAAAUACUGAAAUUUCCAUGGCUUGGGCCCUAGACAUGACAAAUUGCCUUUUUGAUCUGGAUGAUGAAAUACUGACAUGAUUGUAAAAUUAACAACAAAAUAAUAUUAUCUUUAUUUUAAAUGUUUUUUUAAUCUCUAUUAUUCUCUCUGAAAUCUAAACAUUAAAAAAAGUGUUUUGGGUCUGAUGACUUCCAAAAUGGAAAGUUUGAUAUGUGUUCCCUAGGCAUCUGACAGAGAGCUGCUCUGGGUUCUCAGGAUAUGCGUUGUUAUAUGCGGUACACUAGGGACAGUGGUGGCGGUGUUUUCAACAACAAUCUAUGGACUUUUUGUUUUAUGCAGGUAAACUAUAGUCCUUUGAAAGCCAUGAGCCUUCGACUUAUCAAAUUCUUUGAAUACACAUUCUCUUAUGGCAAGAGUUCUUAGAUCCAGUUUUUCAAAAAAGAAGUUUUCGAAAAGAAAUAAUACAACUUUAAAUCAAAUGAUAUCAUUAUUCAUAACCUUUUAAUCUUUCAGAAAAUUAAGUUUUUGAAAAUAAUUUUUGUUCCCUUCCGGACCCUUUCAAAGUUGUAUUUUGUUUCUGACUGUCCAUCGUAUUUACACGCCCCUCCCUGCCAGUGACCUGAUGUACGUUGUCCUAUUUCCACAACUGAUCUCUGUGCUGUGGAUCCCCUGGUCCAACACUUACGGAAGUUCGGUUGGUUUCUUUGUGUCGUUCACCCUGCGCAUCCUCAGUGGAGACUCCUUAUUGAAGAUCCCCGCGGCUAUCAAGUGGCCGAUGUAUGACUAUGUAACAGACACACAGUUAUUUCCCUUUAGGUACGUACCUCUCCAGCAUACUUUACAAUUCACAGUUCACGCUGUCAACAUUAAAAAAAAAAAGUCUUUACAACUAACUUUUUUACAAUUACAUUUAUUUAAAAUUUUAUUUAAGCUAGGUUUCCCUUUUAAUCAUUUUGAGGAGUUCGAGUCAAACAUACAUUUUUAAAAUGUUUAUUUGUUAGCCUGAUUUGUAAACAUGACAGUCACUGUUAACAACGUCCUCUUCACACAGGACAUUCGCCAUGUUGGUUGGAGUGUCAUGUGUUAUCAUGAUCUCUGGACUGACCCAUUUCUUGUUUGUCCGAGGACACCUGUCGGUAAAAUAUGACAUUUUCAACUGUCAUCGCCAGCGUACACAUCACAAGCAUACGUCAUCAGCGUCCGGAGUCCAUGCUGACGAGGACAGCUACUCAAUGAUUGAUACUAUAAAAAGUGACGAACUGUUUAAUCAAGCAAAAAUGAAAUUGUAAGACACAGUUUAAAUAUUUCUAGGCAUAUCUUGUGCUGCAUUGGGGAAAAUGAAAGUAUCGAAUCACCCCCGAUACCCAAAGAUUUUAAUAUAAAUUAAUAAAAUCAUCCACGGCAUUGUAGCCCGCUACGUAACCAAACAUUUUUUGCACUUCACAUGCUCUGUUCUUAUUUGGAUGAGUGAUAGGUGGAUUAGUGAAUGCUAUUUGGCUAUAGAGUUUCGCUGCACUCAUUGACUUAAACGGCAUUUUCUUAUAAAAAGUGUAUUUAAAGGUUAUGUAUUUAUUAUAUUAUAAAUUGAAUAAAAACAUAUUUUGAAAUGAAAAAAAAAGGAAAAACUUAUUAAAUGUUAAAAAUACAAAGUUAAAAUUGUUUGUGUUUAAUUAAAUAUUUAAAAAUCAAUCAAUCAUAUUUAUUAUUUUUACUUUUAAGAAACACUAAGAAGAUACAUUAUCAGUUUAGUCUCGUGCGGUUAUAAAAUGAAAGAAAUUAAGAGCUUUGGCUAAAAUAGGCAAUUCGUUCUAUGACGUCAUUUGCUUGUUUAUUGAGAACACAUUAAUUUUAUUUUUAUUUCGCAAUAUUAACAAUUCACUAAAAACGCACUAAAAAAGCACUAAAAACAGAUGUUUGGGUUUUCCCGAUAAGUGUGAUUGCUAUGUAAUUCUUAGAUCAUGUUUUUUUUUUUCAUAACGUUCAAACUAGAG